AAUCAUGACUUAUUUAACAACUGAUUCGAGGAUUGGCGGAAUAACAGGUCAUGCAUGCAUGUAUCGUCUGAAUGUCCUUCAAACGUUCCUAUCGAUUCUGAGAGGGUAUGCGACCGUAUAUUACGGCGGAUUUCUUUAAGUCAUGUCAGUUCGUCAGUAACAUCCGUGAACGGCAGGAUACUGCCCAAGUGUACACUGUGUAAUUACUAUUAAUAAUACUUGUUUAUUUUUUUUACAAUCAUCAUCACUUAUGCGAAAGAGACAAACAAUACAACUAUAUAUAUAACAGAUAUAAAUAUAUAUAUAUACCUAUAUAUAUAGAAACGAAAUAGUGCAUUAGAGAAAGGAAGAAGACAUAUUUAGAUACAAAAGAAAAUCUAUUACCCAAAAUAAUGUCACAUGACGACUGCAAAGCAUGGUGUUACUCACGACAAAAUCCUGUCGUUCAACCUCUUUUGACAGAUUUGUAUCAAAUUACAAUGGCAUAUGCUUAUUGGAAAAGCGGUAAAAUCAAUGAUUAUGCUGUGUUUGAUUUAUUUUUUCGAAAGAAUCCUUUCCAAGGAGAAUUCACAAUUUUUGCUGGUCUCGAGGAAUGUAUUAAAUUUUUGGAGAGGUUUCAAUAUUCAGACAGUGAUAUCAAAUACUUAAAAUCAACAAUGCCCUCUUCGGUAGAUCCAGGUUUUUUUGAUUAUUUAAAAAAUAUCAAUGUAAAUAAUGUUACCAUUUAUGCAAUGCAAGAAGGCUCUGUUACUUUUCCAAGAAUCCCAUUGCUACGAGUUGAGGGUCCAUUAAUAACAGUACAACUAUUGGAGACAACUUUAUUAACAUUGGUGAACUAUGCAAGUUUGAUGGCAACUAAUGCAGCAAGGUAUCGGAUGGUUGCUGGCAAAAAUAUUACGUUGUUAGAGUAUGGUCUACGUAGAGCUCAAGGUCCGGAUGGAGGUUUAAGCGCAUCUAAAUACAGCUAUGUUGGUGGAUUUGAUGGUACAAGUAAUGUGCUAGCUGGAAAGUUAUUUAACAUUCCAGUUAGUGGAACUCAUGCGCAUUCAUACAUUACAUCAUUUACUAGUAUCGAUGAUUUACAAGCAAAAACGCUUGCUCAUAAACAAACGGGAGAAGUUUAUGAUCUCUUAGAAUUAGCUUCAAAAUAUCGAGAUGCUAUCGCCGGUGAUUUAGGAAGUAUAGUUUCCGAAGCUUCUAGUGGAGAAUUAGCUGCCUUAAUUAGCUAUGCCAUAGCUUUUCCAGAGAGAUUUACAGCUCUUGUAGAUACUUACGAUACUAAAAGCAUUGAAGCAUCAGCCAAACAAAAUACAUUUAUAACAAGCAUAAAUGUAAAGAAUAAGCUUCUAAAUAAAGGAUCCAGUGCACAUACUCAAAAUGGUGUGAGAAACAAUACGCUUAUAUCAGAACCCACUUCGCAUCACAAGAACGGCUUGUUAAGACGAGGCGAAUUGGGUGAGCUCUAUGUGAGGAGUGGAAUUUUAAAUUUUUGUGCCGUUGCACUUGCCUUAAAUGAUGUGGGUUAUAAAGCUAUUGGCAUCCGACUCGAUAGCGGUGAUUUGGCAUAUCUUAGUAAUGCUGCUAGAGAUAUCUUUGAAAGACUUGCUAUUAAAUAUAACAUACCGUGGUUUGCAAGAAUGAUAAUCGUCGCAUCGAAUGAUAUUAAUGAAGAAACAAUUAUAAGUUUGAAUGAACAGAGUCACAAAAUUAACUGUUUUGGAAUUGGUACACAUCUUGUAACAUGCCAAAGACAACCAGCAUUAGGUUGUGUAUAUAAGAUGGUUGAAAUUAAUGGUCAACCAAGAAUUAAGCUUAGUCAAGAAGUUGCUAAAAUGAAUAUUCCUGGUAAAAAGAAUGCAUAUAGAUUAUAUGGUGCGGAUGGAUAUGCAUUAAUUGAUAUAUUGCAAAGAUCAACGGAGGAGGAACCCCAAGUAAAACAGAAAGUUCUUUGUAGACAUCCAUUUCAAGAAUCAAAAAGAGCGUAUGUUAUACCAACGCGUGUAGAGCCAUUGCAUAAAGUAUAUUGGAAAAAUGGUAAAGUCUGCGAACCUUUACCAACGUUAACACAAAUUAGAGAUAGAGUUCAAGAAUCUCUUAAGACGUUAAGAAAUGAUCAUAAAAGAAAUUUGAAUCCUACUCCUUACAAGUGUAUAUAUAAUAAUUUACAGGUGGCUGUGAGCGAUGAUCUAUAUAAUUUUAUACACGAUUUGUGGUUACAAAAUGCACCAAUCGGAGAACUAUCGUGAAGCUUUAAAUGUUUAUUGAGUCUUUAAUUGUUGAAAAA